AUGAGAGGGCAGCAGGCUCAAGUCAGCCAGGAGCCCCUGUCACUGGCCCACGCUCAUUUCCAGAAGGGAGAGUACGCGGAGGCCGAGGCGCUGUAUUCGUUGUUCAUUUGCCGCUGCGGCCGUGCAGACUCGGCGGGCGCGGGUCCCGGGAGCAAAUGCAGCCCUGAGGAUUUGGCUACCGCGUAUAACAACAGGGGGCAAAUCAAGUACUUCAGGGUUGAUUUUUAUGAAGCCAUGGAUGACUACACAUCUGCCAUACAAGUCCGACCCAGUUUUGAAGUUCCAUAUUACAACAGAGGGCUGAUACUAUACAGACUGGGAUAUUUUGAUGAGGCUUUGGAAGAUUUCAAGAAGGUUUUAGACAUAAAUCCUGGUUUUCAAGAUGCUAUUUUAAGUUUAAAACAGACCCUUCUAGAUAAAGAAGAAAAACAAAGAAGAAAUUAUUGA